AUGAGAUAGAUUUUGAUUCUUCUGCGUAAAUUAUGGUAUUAACAUAAAAGUAUAAUAUUAAAGUAUGGAGCUUUUGAACUGGAACAAUUAAAUUAAUAAAAAAUUUGUAAGGGCAUGCUGAUUGGAUUAAUAUUUUAGCUUAUAGUUAAAGAUAGAAAACUACUUUUUUUCUGGUGGGCAAGACAAGGCAAUAAGAUGCUGGCAAUAAUAGAACUUAAUUGA